GGAACCAACAAUCUGCCUCUUCACUUGUUCGUCUAACGAAAGGUAUAACAUGGCUUUCAAGUUGACGGUUACGUUCCUCCUUCUGGCCAGCUUGGCCCUUGCUUCCUGCCGAUCCGCACCAAGAAUCGUUGGAGGAGAACAAGCCUCGGCCCACGAGUUCCCGUACCAGAUCUCGCUCCAAUGGGUCUUCAACGAACCUGGCAAAGAAACUAUGCACUUCUGUGGCGGAUCCCUGCUAGAUGAAUACCACGUCCUUACUGCAGGCCAUUGUAAAACUUCUUACUCGGAAAAGGGAUACAUCGAAGUGGUGGCAGCUGAACAUGAUACUUCCGUGACCGAGGGCUCCGAACAACGCCGUAUGGUAGCCAGCUUCAUCGUCCAUGAAGAUUACGAUGGAGAAGUUGGACCCAAUGACAUUGCCAUUAUUCGAGUUACGGAACAGUUCAACCUGAACGACAAGGUGGCUACUGUUCAGUUGCCCAAAGCAUUGGAGGAAUUUGAAGGCGAAGCUAUGCUGAGUGGAUGGGGAUCCAUUUCUACAACUCCGUUUCCCGAUUACCCAGACGUGUUGCGAAAAGCAUCUCUACCUUUAGUCAACUACAAAGAGUGUAGUCGUAUGUAUGGACCUUAUAGCCCCGUCACCGAAACUAACAUUUGUGCCGGAACAACUGACGGAUCCAAGAGCGCCUGUUCCGCCGACUCUGGUGGCCCUCUGGUCAAGCAGCAAGGUGACCAGAACGUUCAGGUCGGUGUCGUUUCCUGGGGAGCUGUUCCGUGUGGACAACCCAAUCGCCCGACAGUCUUCGUAUCGGUGCCUCACUUCAUCGACUGGAUCGAAGAACAACGCCGUCAAUAAGACAGCUAUGUUAUGCCUCCCGGCGUUAAACUGUUGCAGAUAUCAGUUGAAAUGAAUAAAAUUUAAAAAUUUUGUCAUUGAGUAAAAA